AUGUUCUCUUUCAUUUCUUGUUUGACUCCCAUGAUCAUCUUCAUCUUUUCCCUGGCUGUCGUAUCUCUUAGAGAUAAGAGUCUGUUCAAGCUAGUCAAGUCAUGGUGGCAACCGAAGAAAACACCUCCGAUCGUGGACUUAUUGACUCGAUAUGCUCCAGUCCAGGAUGCCGUCUUCGCGCAACUCGACAUAGCCGACGUCAUUUCGCUCAGUAAGACCACAAAGCCUUUCAUGGGCUUCGUCAAGCUGGUGGAGCGCACUCAAUUCAACAUCAACGACCGGUUGAAGCACUUCGUCACUUCUCCCAUCGAGUUCCGCGCUCUUCAAGCCCGACAUAACGUCCUCAUAGGACGAAAUUUCGCAUACGAAUUCAUGGCGAGAAAGCCGGUCGUAAAGACUGGCGGUAAAAUUGGGCUGUAUAGCCUCCUUGUUCAGAAAGGCCCCAAUGCUGAUGCAUUACGCACCUUCCUCGAAGAAGAUGGUUAUGAACGUCUCGAUACUCCCACGCCCAAGGAUAAAGAGCUUUCAAAGCUUCGAGUGACAAUGAGUCGAGUCAGUUCCGAUGGAAAGUGUAGCGAAGUCAAUAUCGUGGAAGGAGAGAUUCCGGUUCUCGAAGCGCUACUGCCCUCAUCGACCUCUCUGAGCAACCUUAUCACCUGGAAUCGCGCCUAUUCUGUCUUUCCACAUGAGACAUUCAUAGACAAGAGGGGUUAUCUUUUACGACACCCCACAAAAUUGACCACUUCCGAAUGGGUCGACACAGAAUCGGUAGGCCUCGACAUGUUCCCUCUGAAACGUCAAGACGCCUUAGAGGAGAAAGAAAGGAACACCCUGCUCUCCCAGCGUCGUGUCGGAGAUACCAGUAGCUGGGUUAUCGCACUCAACACUUCUGGACUAGAUUCCGUACCGCCAUAUCCCAAUUACCUGGUCGAGUCUGCUACGUUCAGGCUAACCAUGUACGGCGCGAUAGACCGCGACUGUUUCAGCCACUACAACGUCGAUGUCUCUAUCGUCAGCGCGCCCUCACUAAAACACCAGUAUAUCCUUCCUCGUGGCAUCGCCUGUCAGCUCGACAUCUUUUUCAGAAAUGUUACGAUAGUGUCUUUACAUCGCCUACCGACAGCUCAGCAACCUCAGCGACUGGGCCAGAUAUUCACCGGUCGGCAUCUGAACCUCGAGUCACCACGAAUGGCGCUGAUUGAAGGGUUUGUGCCACCCGAAGGAUCGAAUUGGAAGUAUCAUGAUGAUGAAAUGGUCCGGUAUCUGAAGAAGGAGUACCCCGAGCUUGAGUAUGGGCUCUAA